AUGGUCAAUGACUUAGAACAAGAGUUAAUUUGUGAGAAAAGAGAGAGUGGAAAGAAGAUAAUUGCAAGGUAUCCCUAUGAUACGACUCAGUCGCCCGCGUAUGACUUGACAUACAUUCAUCAGUGCGUAGCAGUGGGACUGGCGGCCACUGUAAACAUCAGCGUAGACACGGUGGUGACGUCAUUGGUGGCGCUCUGUUGUUGCCGCAUGCAACUGUUGUCUCUAUCACUGCAAACACUCUUUGACGACUUGCCAUUGCAAACUACGAGUCUCCUUCAUCCGUCAGUAGAGCUGGUAGCGUGGGACCGUCUAAGGGAAUGCAUACAUCAGCACAAAACAACGCUAAAUGCGACAGCUUUGUUGCAACGCUGCUUUUCGUUGCCCGUGCUAGCGCAGUUCACCGUCUCCGUGUUAAUUAUAUGUGCAACUGCAUACCAGCUGGCUUUUGAAACCGCAAACUUUAUCCGUAUGGCGUCGAUGAUGUUCUACUUGAUCGUAAUGAUGUAUCAAGUGUUCAUUUACUGUCAUCAAGGAAACGAGAUUCAAGUAGAGAGUGAGGCAGUUUGUGAUGCGGCAUACGGCAGUGAAUGGGUGGUCUGCACACCACGCAUGCGCCGCGCCUUGGUUUUGCUGAUGACGCGUACACGCUGCCCCGUCAUACUAAGCGCUGGCGGGCUUGCAAACCUCUCACUGAAAACUUUCAUGGGGAUAAUUAAAGCAUCGUACACAUUCUUCACGGUUCUACAAGGAGCUGGUACCGGGACAAAGUAGUGUGGUCUCUUUAAAUUGAUUCCGUAGUGAAUCUCAUAAAGUUAUAUUUUAAUAACGCACACAUCACGCUUAAUAUACCCAGCUACGUACGAAUAAUAAUAAUAAUAGUGUUUUAUUGCAAGAAUAUGGUACAAUCGUUAGUUUUCAUAAUCUGCCACACAAUGGCGCGCAAAAU